AAAGUAGAUAAACAGAACAAUAUAACCCAAGCUCUUUUUGACUAUGUAGUAGGAAAAGCUGAAGCACCAGUUGCUUCAACAUCUAGAACUUCUGAAACUUCUAAGACAUCUAACCUACCUGAGCCAAAAAUUGUUGAGCUGUCUCAAAAGGACCAGCUUGAAACUAGCAAGCUUUCUGAACCUAUUGAGCUUAUAAGUAAAGUGGUGCCUGAUACGUCUUCUAAAGAAACUGUUUCUUUCAAGCCUAUCAAUGAAGUAUCAUCUGCCAUACUUAUAAGCAGGGCCUAG